AGUUCUUUAUCUGUGGGUCACUGACAGUCAGCCACAAACCUAUCUGACACUUUAAAUUUCUUAAAUUUAAAAUAGUUUAGUAAUUAGUCACCCUUGAGAUACUGUGCUGUUUACUUGAACGAAAAUAAAUUUUAUAAAACGGAUCAUCAUUAAGUAUACAUUAAAAUAAAAAACUGCGGUAUUAGUCAUCAUGUCGUCCCGUAAGACAGCUGGCCGUCGCGGCACCAACAAGAAGCGCGCUCAACGCGCAACUUCCAAUGUAUUUGCUAUGUUCGAUCAAGCUCAGAUUGCUGAAUUCAAGGAAGCUUUCAAUAUGAUUGAUCAGAACAGAGAUGGAUUUGUGGACAAGGACGACCUUCAUGAUAUGCUGGCAUCCUUGGGUAAAAACCCGACUGAUGAGUAUUUGGAAGCAAUGAUGAAUGAGGCCCCAGGCCCAAUUAACUUCACAAUGUUCCUUACCCUGUUUGGUGAGCGCCUGCAAGGCACUGACCCUGAAGAUGUUAUCAAAAAUGCUUUUGGAUGCUUUGACGAAGAGAACUUGGGAGUGAUCCAAGAAGAUCGUCUCCGCGAGUUGCUUACGACGAUGGGAGAUCGCUUCACUGACGAUGAUGUGGAUGAAAUGUUGCGAGAGGCCCCCAUACGUGACGGCAUCUUCGACUACGUUGAAUUUACGCGCAUUCUGAAACAUGGCGCCAAGGACAAAGAUGAACAAUAAAUCCAUAGAAAUUGGCAGAUAGAAUUCAUUACGAAAAUCGCAAUAUUCUAAAACCCCCAUAUUUCUGCUACAGAAUUCUUAUCACCGUCUUUUUUCGCGAAUAAAGAUGGUUGAUGUCAUUGGUUGUCGCAAAAGAGUUCAUCUGCCCUUACUUAAAAUUAACAUGAUAUAUUAUUUUAAUAUUAUAUUCGCCAAACUAACAUUUAUCUUAUGUAAGACAGCCUGUUUAAGGGUUAAGUUAAUUUUAUGAAUUUUAUAAUCUCGUAAUAAGCCGAGGUGCUAACAAUAUGAUAUUAGUUCAUAAGAUGGUAAUUGCAUUUUCUCGUACCUAAAUUUAUUUUAAUGCAUUUUAACGUUUUUUACCAAAACAUAUGAGAACAAAAACAGCUUUUAUGAUGACAUUAAAUGUGUCGAUAAAUAAAGACCCAAAUAAGGAGACUGUACUUUGUAUGUUGUAUGUUUUAGUAUUAUAAAAUAUAAAUUAUCAUUCCUUGCAAAAGUAUUAUAAUUCGACUGGUAUGUUUCAAAAUGAAAUGCAUUCUGAAAUAAUAAUAUUAAGUUCCCUUUGAUUAUGAAUUGUUUAAAUAUUGAAGCAGUGUUACUUUUUACAAUUCUAUAUCAGCUUAUUGUUGUAUGUGUAACACAACCACGUAGGUUUGUAUUUACUAUCUAAUAAACACGUUUAUGAGAA